AUUCUGGAGUCAAAUAAUGCCGUCGUCCUACUCCAUUUUCUCUUUCUCUAAAUAACACCAACCUUUUCCAUUUUCCGAAGAGAAAAUACAACCCCAACCAAUUAACUCAACCACCACCACCACUCUCAGAAAAAGGAGCCUCCCAUCUUCCUCUUCUUCACCAUUUUUCUGUGAGAAGAAUUUGUGAAGAAACUCAAAAAUGUGCCCACUCAGGAUCAUAUUGAUUUUCCUGUCCGCAACACUAGCUGGAUUUUUUGUUUUAAGAAACUUAAAAAACACCCCAAUAGAUUUUGAAGAAACUUACAAUAACAAUAAUGUGGACGAGGAUGAAUCAGAAUCAUCUUCUGUUCCUCGAUCAAAGAAGGUUCUAUCUGCAAUUGGUUCUGGGUUCUGGACAUGUGUUGAUAUGGCAAGUGGAAGGUAUUUGUGGAGGCAUUUAGGACCAUCAUCUAAACAGUCGUGAUCAUCUUCUUGUUUAGGUCUGUUUCCUGGCUUUUUUUUUUUUGGGCGUGUGUUUGUGAUGAUGAUGAUUAUAAUAGUAAUCUCUUUUGUAAAAAGAAAAAAAUUUAGGGUAAAACUUAAUGAAAGGGGGAAAAAUGAGUCAAUCUGUGUUUGUGGUGUGGAAAGUCACAUGGAUUUUUCUGUAAUGGUGGUGGUUUCUUGUCUGUAUGUCAACAAAUUCUUCCAGUAACAUCUUGGAAAUUUUACAUGAAAAAAGUAUGAUCCUUUAUAUUCGCCUC